GUCCCGCUGUCCCCGAUGUCCCCGCUGUUCCCCCUGUCCCGGGCGGGCUGUCCCCGCUGUCCCGUGUUCUGUCCCGCUGUCCCGGGGCGGGCUGUCCGCUGUCCCCGCUGUUCCCGCUGUCCCGGUGCCGCCUGUCCCCGCUGUCCCGUGUCCUGUCCCCGCUGUCCCGUGUCCCGGGCGGCGCAGGCGCAGAGCGGCGGCGGCGCGGGCGGAAGCGGCGGCGGGCGCGGGCAGGGCCGUGGCGCUCGGUGCCGCGUCCCGUCCGACCCCGCCACCCUCGGCUCGGCCAUGGCGGAGCCCCCGCGGCCGCAGCGGAAGCUGUCCCGGGUCGGGGAGAGCCUGUACCGGGUGCUGGGGCUGCAGAAGGGCAGCUCCCCCGAGGAGAUCAAGAAGGCCUAUCGGAAGCUGGCUCUCAAAUACCAUCCGGACAAGAACCCCGAUGACCCGGCGGCAGCCGAGCGGUUCAAGGAGAUCAACAGCGCCCACGCCACGCUGAGCGACGCGGACAAGCGCCGCCUGUAUGACCAGUACGGCUCCCUCGGCCUCUACGUGGCCGAGCAGUUCGGGGAUGAUGCGGUCCGGCACUACUUCCUCAUGUCCAAGUGGUGGUUCCAGGCACUGGUGCUGUGCUGCGGUGCCCUCACCUGCUGCUGCUGCUGCUGCUGCUGCUUCUUCUGCUGUGGGACGUGCUGCCAACCCAAGGAGGAUGAGUCCUACAAGUACGUGGACCCCAAGGACCUGGAGGCACAGAUGGGCGCAGAGGACAGCGGUCCUCAGAUCCCUGUUGUGGCACAGCCCCCGCCUGCCGGCACGGAGCCACUACCAGCCAGCACCAGGAGUGAUGCCUGAGGCUGGUCCCAUCCCGCCGACUCCCCCAGGACUCGGGACAGGAGUUCUCCUUUAGGACUGUCACUUUCUGGGACCAUGGUCCCGCCCCCCGGGCUCAUCAGCCUCGGGAGGGAUAGAAUCUCAGGUUAAUUUGGCCAGCAUCAAUGCACAGGCUCCCGGGCCCCUGCUCGAGCUCCAGGGCAAUGCCCCUGUGUCCCAGCACUGGUGGUGGCAGUGGCCUGGAGCCCAUGCUGCUGUGGCCCCCUUUAGUGCCUUGCCUGUGUCCACGUCGGGCACCGAGCACCAGGCACAAACAGAGAUGCUCCGGGCCGAGCUCCGCAGCUCGCGCGAGGGAGCUGAGCGCGUCCAAGACCAUUAGCACUGUAACCUCUGGGGCUGGGCUGAGCCCGCUGCCCCCUCUGAACCCUCCCGAUGGGUGCUGGGUGCCAAACGCUGCUGUGGGGUCGGGGUGCUUCUAUCUGUACCCCUUUCCUCUGCCCUCUGGCAGAGGUUGUCUGGGUUUUUGUGGGCACCAUUAAAGGCUGAUGGGAGGGGCGUGUGUGUGUGCCUGGGCUCUGUCCAGGGCUGCUGGAACACUCAGCAGCAGGAUGUGCCUCUGCCUGGUGUUGUCCACGCUGGGGGCUGUGCCCAUGGAUCCUGCAGGGUGGUGGACUGGCUGGGGCGUGGCGUGGGCACUGUCCUCUGUGGAGUGGUCCUGUCGAGUGAAUGUCACUCGUUUACUGUCACCCACUCUGUCCUCUGCUGCUGACUCCCACAGGCUCUGCUCUUCCCACUCCUUGCUGCUGCAGCCCUGGAGCCCUGCUCCCCACUGCCCAG